AUGUCAAAGAAAAAACAGAAGAAGAUCGACAGUGCCUACUAUGUCUCCUUGAUCGAGAGGAUCACAACCUUACAUGGCACCAGCCACUUCACCUCGAGGACUGGAAGGUCACUGCUGAUGUGGACCCUGGCAGUGGUCGGUAACGUGAUGCUGACCAUAGCCUUCAUCAUGGUCAUCAAACAAAAAUUCAAUGAAAACCAAAUUGUUACUGUUAUCAACGCGAACUGCAAAGUGAACCAGGUUCCAUUCCCGGCGGUCAGCAUCUGCAACUACAACAUGGUGUCUAUGAGAGAAUCACAGAAUGUUGCCAAACUUCUGAAACAGUACAACAAAACUGAAAACGAAAUUAAAGAGUUCUUUAACGCUCUUCCUACUCUGAAGAACUAUGGCAAAUCGAGCCGAGGUCUUGGAAGUUUCUCGGACAUAAUGGCAAUAUUGAAACACCAUGUCUUUACUGUAGACACUAUUAUGGAAGAGGUACAUCAGAAAUGUGACAGUUUGAUCCUCUACUGCACGUUCAAUAGGAAGCCAAAGGACUGUCAGGAUAUGUUUUCUCUGGUCAAGACCUAUGAAGGACACUGCUGCACUUUCAACUACGCUGCGCUUAAUGAUGCUAGCGAAAUACCCCUGCUGCCAUCAGAACCAGAUCCUGACUUAGAAUACUAUGAUGAUCAAAAUCCUGACGGUGGAAUAUCCACGAACCCAACCAUAAUAGCCACUUCAGAAUCCGGCAGGGGAUCAGGCCUAAGUGUAGUGCUCAAUAUAGAACCGAACGACUACCCAAGCUGGUCUCCCGUACCCUAUUAUGGUGUGAAGGUCCUCCUCAGUGACCCAAACGACUACCCAGAAACCACAGUCCUCUACCGAUACGUGACCUUUGGUGAGUCCGUGGAUAUCAAGGUGGAACCUAUGGUUUUCCAAAGUGACUCCAACGUGAGGAGAGUGGAGCCUCAGUACAGGGGCUGCUGGUUCCAUGAUGAAGUGCUUCUCAGUCAUACCAAUAGAUACAGCUACGAGACCUGUGUUACAGAGUGCAAGAUGAAAAACUAUAUGGAUGCAUGUGAUUGUGUGCCGUAUAAGUAUCCGAGAGAAAAAUCGACGAGAAUCUGCGACUUUGAAGAUUUGAAGUGCUUGAACAACGUAACAGUGAAUAGAUCUACGAUGGAGAUGAAGUGUGAUCCUAUUUGCUACAUGGAGUGCCGUGACAAGAAGUACACAGCCACAAGUGAUCUGACUCCAUUCUUGGCCGACAACUACCCUGAAGAAAUCACAGCAGGUAGGAACAUAAGCGAGCUGGCAGCUCUCCAAGUGUACUUCAGCAAGUCAAACUGCAACUGUUACAAGUUGACACUACUGAUAGACUUGAGCUACUUUAUUGGUAUGUAUAACAUUACUUGA